GCGCGCGAGUUUGCGUGGGCGCCGUCGACUGCACCGCACUUAUAUAUAUGUAGGUGCACGCACGCGUUUUUUAUAUUAUUUAUUACAAAUGUGUAAUAUGUGCAAUGUUACGUCGCGCCGCGUAUAGACUUGUCGAGUGAUAUUUUUCGUAAAGCUGUCGUAUAGAAUUCAAAGUACGCAGAGUGAAAAGAAAACCAAACAGGCAUCUCAAAGGCGGUUGGUGCGUGUAAAAGUUUUCGGUUGAACGGACGCGCUUUGCCGAUUUUCGUUUUUAAAUUGUAUUUAUUUCGCGCGUUGUCAAUUGCAUAUAACUCUCGAAUCCGGUACACGCGAUCGAAUUUCGAUCAACGAUCAUCGCCGCGCGCGAUCGGAUCAGGAUUUCUUUUAUAUUCGCGCGUAAGCCUCCGUAUAAUUCGCGAGCCGAUCCGGUCGUCUCCGCGCGGUCUGCAGGAUAUGUAUUUUAUAAGUGUCCUCUCGAAUUAAUAAUACGCGCGUCGGAUAUAUCAUAAAAUCGGCGUGAAAUUAACAAAUUAAUCCCCUCCCCCCCCCUUUCCGCGCAGUCCGAUCGAAGAUUUAAUUAUUUAUCGACGCGCCGAGGGAGAUUCGAUUCUCUGCGCGCAGGACGGGGGGACCUAUGAUUCCCGACGCGCAUCGGCGGCUCUUACGUACCACCUCUACGCAACUUAUUUGCCGAUCAAAUGGAUUACAGGGCGAAGUUCAAUAUUUUAUUGGCUUUAAUCGUGGUAUUUUUCAACGAUCUAGUCCGGGGAGGAUCGCCAAAGUCCGAUAUCGAGCCGGUGCCUGGUUUGAUCUUCCCACAAACCAUCGGUAGAGUUUGCAUGAUAAGAAAGAGUUACGAGUGCAAAUGGACCUACGAGAAGUCAUGUAGCUGCAAUCCCGUACAAAAACCCAUUAGACUCUUAGACGUGACUUAUUUUCGCAAAAAAAUAGACAAAAGACACCAAAUGGGAAAAAAUUUCGAUCCCUUCGAGGAAUCGAAGGAAAGGCCGAGAGCCAUCCAAAUAACCAGAGGAUGAACGAUUAAAAUUAAGUAUUUCUAAGAAUCGCCAAAGAAGACUGUUCGACGCUAGUCAUGUUCGUACGAUCUCACCGAUAUAUAUUUCGCAAACUCAUCGUUUUUAUGUAUAUUUACGGGACUGCGUUCGGAAUGAAAGUACUCGUUGACGUGCGCGCGGCGUACUCGUCAUUGAGAAAUGGAAAUUCAGUUGGAAAAUUCAAGUUUUAUUUUUCCUACGCCUACUCGUCUCGAUGUUAAAAGAAAAAAAACAAAUGUAAAUCUAAUGCUUUCGUGUAAUUCCGACUCGAUCGAAUGAAAAUGCGCUCGUGUAAACAUCGUCGUUCGUCGUCGGUGUAUACGAUCAUUAUUAUUCUACCUGUCGCCGAGCGAAUAUGAAAAUGUGUAUACAGGAGACGUUCCAUUGUAAACGUGCGACGCAUCAUUUCUCGCUUGCACAGGCGAGGAUGACGCGAGACGCGAUACACGAUGACAGUACACGAGGACGACGACGACAAAGUUUCGGCCGAUGGUUUUUAACGUAUGAUAAUGUAACGAAAGAGAUCCUGGAAGCCGAGC